AUGGCUACGGUUCGGCCGGUGGGUCUUCCUCCUGGGCGGGACACGGGAGGGACUUCGUCCGUAUGGCGUUUCUUCCUCGUUCUCUCCCUUGUCCUUCCCCUCUCGCUCGUCUCUCCCGUGGACUCUAAGAAGAUCUUCAGCCCGCGUGAGUUCUGCUGCUUUCUCCCUCCUUUCUCUCGCUCCUCUCUCCCUUCUCGCUCGUCCCUCCCCUCUUUCACCUCUCGCCCCUCUCGCUCCCCUCUCGCUCGUCUCUCCCGUCCAUUCCUAGACGAUCUUCAGCCCCCAUGGCUUCUCUCCUUACCCUCUCCUCUCCCGUUCCCCCUUUCGUCCCUUCUCCCUGCGUCUUCUCCAGCAAUCUCAGCCCUAAGUGCCAUGCUUCCUGAACGUCAUAGUGGGAUAUUCGGCUUACCCAUCCUUCCCUCCUGUCCCUUUCCCACCCUUCCCUGCUUGCUCACCCAUCUCUGCCCUCCACCAGCCCCCGCCCAGCCCAUAAUCAUGUGCUCAUUGAACGUCAUAGUGUGCGGGGCGAACGGCCAGAUGUACCCGUGCAGGGAGAUGGCUCCCAAAGGAAUGACCACCACCACCGACCUCUCUAAAUGUCGCCCCCCUGGCGAUGUGAUCGUGACGCCGUCAGAAGCCCAAUGCCCCGUUAAAGCCCCCAAGGUGUGUGCUAGUGACGGGAGGAACUACCCCUGUGCUGACGUGGCACCCAAGGGGCUGCUGACAACGACUGACCUCAGUGCUUGCCAGACACCUGCCACGUGUCCCUGGUCCACGUCAGCAUACAGCAAAUCCAGCCUGGCACUCUUGGCCACUGCAUGCAGCACCCUCAAUCCCUCCUCCUCUUCCUCCUCCACACCACUUCCCAUCACCUCCUCUCUGAUUGGCUGUUGUGCUGCCACGUCAGCGCUCCUCCAAUCCACCGCCAUCGCCACGGCAAAGGUUCAAUCGCCGAGGGUAAAUACCCCUGCGGUUUACGAUGCCCGUGCCGGGCAGUGCAUGAAAGAGUUUGUACCCUUUGUACAAUCGCCCAAAGCGGCAUUCGCAGCAGCUACAGCAGCAGCAGCUGCUGCACUUUCUAAGUUUAAUCCGGUGCUACAGUGCGGGCGGUUGGGGUUUGGGGCGGCACAAUUUGGACUGGAGGGAGGCAAGGGGGCGUGCAGGGGGAUUACUACGGAAGCCCAGCUCACAUCCGCGUUAAAAGCUUCCCCAGUAUGGUGGGUGAGCAGCUACAUGAAAAAGGACUGCAGCAGCACCACGGGCAGCAAUGGCCGCUGCUCAGACUGUGCCAAGCAAGUGUCUACCCUCUUUGAUGCCCUUGUUCGCCCCAGGGACUCAGUGCCUCAGAAGCACCGCUGCUGGGCUUUAAUGUCCUACUAUGCCGCGUCUUCACUCGGCAACUCCACUGCCCAAAGCAACGGCAUCGCUUUCUGCCUGCAUAAGAACGCUCCUGCCUCCCUCCUGCCUCCUGGGACCAGCAUCAAGACAGCCACUAUCACGGCGCCUACUAUUAAGCCUGCGGCGACUGUUAAGCCUCCUAGUCUGCCUCCUGUCAAGCCUACUAUUAAAGCCGCUUUCGACGCUGCUGAUUUCCAGCCAAUCGGAGACACCCUUCCACGUCAGCAGGUCCUGGAUGCUUCCCCAACCUCCACCUUCCGCGCCGCAGCCGACACGUCACCAAGCGCCAGCUCAGCGCCGUCCACGUCAGUGCGGUCCACGUCAGCAACGGCGAUAAUCCUCGCCAGCGUGGCGCUGGCGGUUCUGCUGGCAGCAGUCGUGGCAGCUACAAUCCUAGCUGUGAGGGGAGCACGGCACCACAUGCACAGGCAGCGACUCGCCUCCUCCAUCUCUGUCUAUCCUAGUGGUUCCGUCUCCGCUGCGGCUUUAAGUGCCGGCACGCCCCUUAAAGCCUCGGUUUCGAGCUUUCACUCCCCUGUGCGGCGCCGGGCACCAGUGCUUGCUGCUGCUGCUGCUGCUCCUCCUUCCACCCCUAUCAAGCUGGCGGCACCCAAGGGAGUUGAGAAGUAG